UACGAGGAUCAGCAGCAACAGAAUGAGACGGAGAGAGAGAUAGAGUGGUAAAGAAUCGGAGGACAGCUCUACUGAGCACUAAAGGACUACCACACACGAGUGAUACACACACAGAACAAGGGCAAGACAGAAGCAUGCGGACCAAAGGGGAUGAUAAGAAAAGAACAAACCAGCAAUGCCCAGAAAAGCAAUCCAACUCAUCAUCUGCGGGCCUCUGGUUGGAAACUGAGAAAAGCUUUGACAGUGACAUCCAAUCGGAAGUAGCUCAAGUAAUAAGAAGAUCAUUAAUGGAAGAAAGUUGAGAGUCUACAGCUUUAUUGGAUAUUGAAUUCCUGUCUCCAGCUCCCUAAAAACUCUUUCACAUAAAUUAAUUUGGGUAAACAAGAGCUGGAAACAUCUUGGAUUGCGCUUAGAUCUAAUCUUGCUGGCGGCUGAUGUCACUGCUUGCCUCCAUCCCUUUCAGCUCCUCAGGGGGCUGAGCAAGCCUGCAGAGGAGUAUGGGCAGGAGGGUGGCUGACCCAACAAAUCCAGUCCCCGCACUGGGAGUUCCCCUGGCGGGGGGGCGAUGGGGCCCACUGUGCAGUGUCGGGGUGCAGACAUCUCCCAGACUUCGGACUCUCCCCUCCAUCAAACGCCACAGCAGCCAACCAACCAACACGCCUCGGCUCCUCACCAUGGCAACAGACAAAACAACAACAACAGCAGAGGCAGGGGGAGUUAUCAGAAGUGACAGCAACAGUCUGCCGGUGUCAAAAGAGACAUCUCAAAACGAGAUCAACAGCCUGACACAGGACGACAUGGGGUCACAGGGAUCAGGGAGUGGAGUUUACUGCCAGAUCAAAAACAUACGGACAAACCCAAAGGACACGAGAGGUAAAAGGACAGCUCGGUACACAAAUGGCAGUGUGGUAGCCUCUGAUGUGGUGGGAGGGGUUUGCAGUGAAGCCACAGAAGGUAAGGAGCCAGCCCAAGAGAGGAGAAGGGUGCAGUCUCUACGAGGGGAGGGUCAUCGCACGGUGUUAAAGACAGGAAGCGUUUGUACAACUGUGCACGCCACCCCACCUCGGCCCUGCAGAGUAAUGACGACUUCUCCGCCUCGCCUUUGUGGGACAUGUGGGAGGAGACGAUCUCAGAUUUCGCCCUGCACCGGUGCAUGCCGCAGGAGGGCAGUUAAUCAAAUAACAGCUAGCCAGACUUUACCUAAUCCGCCACGGAAACCGCCUGUGGCUCCCAAUCAGUCAAGAAAAGACUCUUCUGCUAUGAACUCCCAGUCUUGCACCAAAAAAACAGACACAGCCAACACACAGCAACACACAUCAGUAAAGACUACUCAAUUAUCACAGCUGUCGCACACUAUACCAAAAGCGCACAGUUCACACUCAAACCACGCAACACACACUCAGAACAAACCCAAAGAUUCACAGCAGCACACGAGGCCACACUCUGCAGAAUUUACCUCUUACAAGGACUCCUCCACGCAGACAACGGAUACACAAAGUAACACAGAUAGGACCACAGCUGACAUGCAUACACAACAAACACACACGCCAACUUUAGAGGUGAUAAAGUCACACUCAAAUGACGAACGCAGUCAAGUUGUGGCUCAUGGCCAACGCAUUGAUGAAGAGUCACAUCAGAACACAGUAGCCCGUAUUGCUUUGAAGUCUCCAGCUCCUUCCUGUCACAGUAACUCAAAAUCUAGCACCACCCCACCUCUUCCACCAAAAAAUUGUCCUUUAUCCACUCAGUCCAAACCAGCCACAUCUGUAGCGCAAAACGAAACCCAGGAGACCACAAACGUACCGAAACGAUCCUUAGAACGGAUCAAACUCAAGGACUACACAAAUCAGAAGAGCAAAUCAUUCGAUGACCACACUCUGCCUUGUAAGACUCAUAUGAAAGCACAAUGCAAUGGGGCACCGGGAGGACUUCUGGACGGACAUGCAGUACAAGCACCACGUGGAUUGGAGAAGCAGCUGCAGAGUGUGGAGGAGAACCUGCUGUCCAAUCAGGAGAAGAUAAAGGUGCUUCUCAACGUGAUUCAAGACUUGGAGAAGAGCAAAGCCUUCAGUGAAGGUCGCAGCUCAUACAGAACUGGUCAGGACAUAAACAACUGCCCCACCUGCCAAAAGACAGCCUGCAUCAUCUACAGUGUGGAGCAUGAUUUUAGACAGCAGGAGGGACGUUUCCAGGGGGUUAUAGAGGCCCUAGAGGGGGAAUAUGAUGUGCCUGCACCAACUCUGACCAAGCCGACGCCAGCCCCGACAUCCUCCAGUCGCCCCAGUACCAAGGCACGGGUUAAGAAACUGCGCAAGAAGUGUUUCUGGUGGCUCUAAGCUCUAAGAGCUGGAAAAGCCACAACUGCCCUUCUGGGCAGCAGGUGCAGGAGCGGAUUAUAUUUCAGGGGACCCAAAAUGUUGCGGAGUAAAGCAUGUGGGUGUGCACUGAGCUUAAGUUUAAAUUCAGAAGGUGAUCUUUUCUGAGCAGAAAACAUGGCCUGUGAAUGGCACAUUUUCCACAGUAACCAAUCCUGAGCCCUGUACACCGGUGACCAGGUAGAAAAAAAAAGGAAAUGUGAUAAAGAGGGAGAAGAGGACAAAAGAGGCUGUUAAACUUUCUUGACUGCUUGGGAGGAAGAAGGUGAAAUCUGCAGAAACCAGUAUUUGCUGGCUAAUUUGAGAUUACGUUUCGCCUGACAGUGAGGACAGUGUUUUUCAAUAAUAAAUCUGCUGCAGACAGAUGAAGCAUUGUCACUCUGGAUAUCAGACAGCAUACAGUUUGUCACUUGGCUGAGUGGCUAUCAACAGAUGGACAGAUGUACGAGCUGGGAAUGAAUCGUUAUAACAGUUUUGGAUAAAUUACAGCAAUAAGCAGGGGAAUGUAGAUGAAUGUGAAAAACAAAGGAAUAUAAAAAUUAAUUUGAAUGCUAUGUUUUUGGAUGGCUGGACAGACAAAAUUUGAAUGUAGCAACAACUGAAGCACUUGAAGGAUAUCAUGGGAAAACAAGCUAAUGAACUGUCUGGACACACAGCUUGCUCACUGAGUCAUCAGGAUUUCUCAGAGAAAGUACAGAUUUUAUUAAGAAUACAUUAAGAGACAAUAUGAUACACAGCUGAUUGAAGACUGACAGCCUUUGUCAGAUAAUUAAAAUUUCUGUCAACCCUGAGUGACAGAGUAAUCGAUUCUCUCCUUUAUUAUCAUCCAAAAUGGAAGUGUUUUGCUGCAGUCUCAAUUGUGUUUCAAGGAUCUUUACACACGUGUGCAUUCGAAUGCAUGCACUUAGUGGCAUUGACAAGUGGGCAUCAGUUUACACAUACAGCAUACUCACUGAAAUACAAACAACUGAUUCCUCUCUCACACAGUAAACACAUUUGUGAACCAGUGCAAACUAAGAACAGACCUGUCAAUCCAUUUUUAAUGACUGGCCUGUUUAAAUGUUGAGUAUCAAUAUACAAUGUAUACAGUAGGCACCAAUGAAUCGUUGUUUUUCAAAAUUUACCAUUGCACAAAUUGUGCAGGUGAGUGCUGUGUUGGUACAACACAAUGUGAAGCUUUAGAGUGAGAACAGGAAGAUAACCAGAAAAAUUAAUAAAAAAAUCUCCUUCUUAAUACCAACAGCACACUUCAACUUAGUCAUGUAAAAUAUAUCAGACAAUCAUUUCAAUAUCUAUAUAGGUGUUCUGUAGCAUUCAGGCCACACUUGCCCUCCUAAUCAACAAAUAUUAGUGCUAAAAACUUUAAUUUUAGGUUAACAAAAUAUACAAAAUGAGUCACUAAGGGUGAAGAGUUUUUUCCCAAAGGGAAACAAUAUAUUUGUAAAAGCAUAGCACAACUGGUAGAUAAACACAGAAAUUUUCACAAACAGCAUUCAUCUGGACAUUAAUUUUGUACACACAGACACACACACACAGAGCAUUCACACACUGCUUUGUUCACAGCAGUUUAGAGCUUAACAACUGAUCUCACAAGGGCGUCCUUCAACUGCUUAUGGCUGUACAGUUGCCACCAAAUACAAUCCUGGAUGAUACUACACUUAGUAAUUAACCAGUUUAUGCGCGAAAUGCCCUGUCCCUGCAUUUUCUUAAGCUUUCCCAUGACAGUGUGUGAGCCCUCACGAUCCCUCUUGUAUGUGCAAUAAAAUUGUGUAUUUUAAACAAAAUA